GUUUGCCUCGACCAAUGCUACAAUACCUUCUUAUAAAGUUGUUGUAAUAGGUGGUGGAACUGGCGGUUUAGCUGUAUCAUCAACCCUAUCUCAAGUACUUGGUAAAAAUGCUGUAGCCGUCAUUGAACCAUCCAAUUAUCAACCUCUAUGGACAUUUGUUGGUGCUGGAUUAAAGAAAUUUGAUGAGUCUGCUAAGCCUAUGAAAGAAGUACUUCCAGAAAAUGCUGAGUGGAUUAAAAAUGAAGCUACAAAAGUUGACCCUGAAAAUAAUACUGUCAUAUUACAAGAUGGUCAGCAGGUGAAAUAUGACUAUUUAGUUGUGGCUACUGGUAUUCAAGUAAAUUGGGACAAGAUUAAAGGUCUUCCAGAAAGUAUGACUAAACCAAACAGUAACGUUACUAGUAUUUACUCAGAAAACUCUGUUAAGUCAGCGUGGGAUUUAAUCAGAAAUUUCACUGGUGGAAAUGCAAUUUUCACAAUGCCUAGUACCCCAAUUAAGUGUCCCGGUGCUGCCAUUAAAAUAGCUUACCUUGCCGAGGAUCGUUUUACAAAAAAUUUUGUACGAAAUAGAACCAAAGUUAUUUACAACACGGCAAUGGGCAAGAUAUUUAGUGUGGAAAAAUAUGCCAAUGGUUUAAAUCGUAUCGCUAAAGAACGCGAUAUUCAAGUUAAUCUUCAAACUGAGCUAACUGAAAUACAUAGUGAUAAACAUGAAGCGGUGUUCAAAGACAUAAAAACCGGUGAAUCCAAAGUUUUCAACUAUAAUUUAUUACAUGUAGUUCCACCAAUGGGCCCACCUUCAUUUAUCGCUGAAUCAAAGAUUGGAAAUGCUGCCGGAUGGGUAGAUGUUGAUCAAUAUACUUUACAACAUGUAAAAUAUCCAAACAUUUUUUCACUCGGUGACUCUUCCUCUGCUCCAACUUCGAAAACUGCCGCUGCAAUUUCUGCUCAAUCUGGUGUGUUGAAAAAGAAUUUACUAGCUGUUAUUAAUGGAAAUUUCAGUCCGUCUCUUGCUGCAAAAUAUGAUGGAUAUGCUAGCUGUCCUUUACUUGUUGGAAGAGAUAAAUUGAUUUUAGCGGAAUUUAGUGGAUAUACUUUGAAACCAAUGGAAACUUUUCCUUUUGACCAAGGUGUUGAACGAAAAUCAAUGUAUUAUCUCACAAAAGAAAUUAUUCCUGAAAUUUAUUGGUCUAGACUUUUGAAAGGAACUUGGACUGGUCCUCAUGAUGUUCGACAAUGGUUAUCAUUCAUUCCAUAG